AUGGCCUCUUCACAGCAAAAACUCACAGCAGCGAUCCUGAUAAUAUCAGAAACCGCCUCCAAAGACCCUUCAACAGAUAAAUGCAUCCCCACCCUCUCACAAGUAUUCGCCGACCUCGGAUCCACCAACUGGGCCAUUUCAACCACAAAAAUAAUCCCCGAUUCCAUUCCCGCAAUCCAGCAAACUGUUCUUGAGUGCUGCGAUGGAGGCGUCAAUCUCAUCAUCACUUCCGGCGGCACUGGGUUUGCUGUCAAAGACGUGACGCCAGAAGCCGUGCAGCCAUUGAUUGAAAAGCAAGCGCCGGGCUUGGUGCAUGGUAUGUUGGCGAGCAGUUUACAGGUCACGCCGUUUGCGGUCAUGAGUAGACCUGUUGCGGGCGUCAGGGGUCAGAGUUUGAUCAUCACACUGCCGGGGAGUCCCAAGGGCGCAAAGGAGAAUUUGGAGGCCGUGUUUAAGUUGUUGAGUCAUGCUUGUUUGCAGGCGAGUGGUGGGGACUCCAGACAGAUGCAUCAGGGUGGAGUCAAGAAGUUGGAGAAGGAGGCGGGGGUGGGUGGGGUGAGAAGGNUUGGUGGACAUGGGCAUGGACAUGGUCAUGGAUGCGGUCGUGAUCAUGGUCAUGGAGGUCAUCAUGGUCCCAAAGCGCAUACUGCACCCGAAGAUCGGCCACAACAAUCUAACGAUCCUUCUCAAGGGCCCAGCAGAAGAUACAGACAUUCGCCAUACCCAAUGCUCUCGGUCACCGACGCUCUCCAGCAAAUCGACCUUCACACACCUUCACCAACCAUCAUCACACUCCCGGUCAACGAGUCUCUGGUCGGUCAUGUUUUAGCCGAGGACGUGACAGCACCAGAAUCUGUUCCCGCAUUCCGUGCCAGCAUCGUAGAUGGCUACGCUGUCAUCGCCGGCCCAGAAGCCCCCAGCACAAAAGGAACAUUCCCAGUCGCCAUGAUCUCUCACGCUCAAGCCGGAGAACACCAAGAGCUCAAACCAGGACAGAUUGCCAGAAUCACCACCGGUGCUCCUCUACCUCCCGGAGCAACCAGUGUCGUCAUGGUCGAAGACACCACCCUCGUCUCCAAAACCGACGACGGCACAGAAGAAAAAGAAGUCGAGAUCUUGACCUCUGAAAUCGAAGUUGGAGAGAACGUCAGAGAAGUUGGUUCAGACGUCCAAUCCGGCGACGUGAUUAUGCAAAAAGGCGAAGGCAUUUCUGCUGUUGGCGGAGAAUUUGGCUUGCUGGCUUCUGUAGGCGUCAAGCAAGUGUCUGUGUACAAGAAACCUGUCGUAGGUGUCUUGAGCACAGGCGACGAAAUCGUAAACCACGAUCGCGAGGGCGGGCUCAAGCGAGGAGAAGUCAGAGAUACCAAUCGUCCUACCUUGCUCACAGCCAUCCGUGGCUCCGGCUUUGAAGCCAUAGACUUGGGCAUCGUUUCCGACAAGUACGUAACUCCUUCCUUACCUCUCGCUUAUAUCAUCCUCAGGAACACUGACACCAACGCAAAACAGANNCCAGGCGCCUUAGAACAAUCCCUCCGCGACGCGACCCGCAAAGCCGACGUCAUCAUCACCUCCGGCGGCGUCAGCAUGGGCGAACUCGACCUCCUGAAACCAACCCUCGAGCGCCAACUCGGCGGCUCCAUCCACUUUGGCCGGGUAGCCAUGAAACCCGGCAAACCGACUACUUUCGCCACCAUCCCUGUAAAGGCCAACGAUGGCUCUCGAGUCGACAGAGUUGUCUUUUCGUUGCCGGGAAACCCUGCUUCGUGUGUGGUGACCUAUCAUCUGUUUGUUUUGCCUGCACUGCAUAAGUUAGCUGGUGUGGAGCCUAGAGGUUGUGUGAGGGUUAAAGUGUGCUUGGAUGCUGAUGUUAAGUUGGAUAGAAGCAGAGAUGAGUUUCAUCGUGCUGUUGUUAGGGCUGGGGGUGAUGGUUUGUUGCAUGCUGUUUCCACUGGCGGACAGAGGAGUUCGAGGAUUGGUAGUUUUAAGGGCGCGAAUGCGUUGUUGUGUUUACCUGCUGGUGAGGGUGUGGUCAAGAAGGGGGAUAUGGUUGAGGCGUUGGUGAUGGGGAAGUUGGUUGGGUAUGUUUGA